UCCUCCCUCUCUAUAUCCGUUAAUAAACAUGAACAAGUCGUGAAGCUUCACCAAGGUCAUUUCUCUCGCUCCCUCUGUGCAGCGCUUGGAUUCCGUUCAUAGGGAAGGUUAAAGCUUCAUUAAAUCUACAGAUCGCGAUUUCAACAGACACAGAAUGGGGAAAGUGAACGUCUGUUUGAAGCGGAGUUACAUCACCGUGGCCAGUCUGAUCGGGAUCAUCAGCACUCUGCUGUUGGCAAUCACUCUGUUCAGCCAUGGAUACUUGCACGGACAAGAAGAGUUUUCUCCACAGACGGUCACUGGCCUUCGUGGCAUGUAUGGUCUUUCCCUUGUACCUCUGUUCUUGACCAUCAUUGGUUUGUUUGGCGCCUGCAAAAUGAAGAAAUGGGCACUCAUAUUGUUUACAGUUGGAAUGAUCCUGAUCAGUCUCUACAUGUUUGUGUCUGAAAGUAUCGCACUGGCCAUGAGACCACAGGUGACUAGACUAUUAAGGAGGCAGUACUUGGAGGUGGGACCGCUCGCUAACGCUAGUGAGACUUUUACGUCCCGUCUCAGUGAAGCACAGAUGGAUUUGCAGUGCUGUGGACUGGAUCAGGGCUACAUGGACUGGGGCUACAACAUCCCAGAAACUUGUCUGUGCGCCGAACACUCCACUAAUCCAUGCGUGGCAGCUCCCAGAGACAGCGCAUUGUUUGAGGACAAGUCCCUUGCCCAGCCCAUCAUGAUUUAUAAAGAGCCAUGCCUUCCAUACUUGAUUGCAGAGGAGAUGUUUUACAUUAAUACAGUGUUGGGCGUGAUGCUAGGAUACACAUUUCUCUGGGUUUUGUCAAUAGUGUUGUGUAUUUCCAUCUUGUGUCAGCUGAAUCGGAAGGAAGAUACACCCACUGUGGUCUACAGUCCUGAGGCAAAAGCAGGCAACUACACCACCCUCACAGAACCUGCAGAGGACACCUGAUUUCUCUGUUUUUCCUUUGGCUGCUCUUUACACCAGGGAGGGGUCAUCAUGUCAACGUAUUCAGCUAACUUGAGAAAAGUAAUGGUAUUAAUUGGAUUUGUGCGAGGUUACAUUCUGUAUUUAUACUGUUUAAAUAUAUCAUUGCCAAGUUACAUUUCUACUUCUUUCUUAAAUUUUGUUUGGGUAGGUUUUGUUUGACUCUUUAAACGUUGAACACUUUAUUCAUUUUUGUCGCCCCGAUGUAAAUUAUAGGCUGUGCAAAUAACAAGAAACAGAAGAAACAUACUGUGAAAGGAAAUUCCCUUUUCUUUGAGAUAAUCAGAACGAAUUAUGGAAAACUAAGAUACAUAAGCUAUGAGUUAACUCUGAAUCCAGUUACAGAAUAAAGAGAUCGAGUAAGAAGUGAAGUUUAUUAACUAAGAUGUAGCUCAACACACCAAACACGCUGCAGAAUGAGGUGCACUGUAAGAUAUGAAAGCAGAGUAAAAAAUAAAAUGAGUUUCAGGGGAAAAAAAGCACUGAUGAAGAAAUGACUGCAGAAACAUGGAUGUAUUACAGCUUUGACAAGAAUGUCUGUAUUUUGUGGUUUUGUAGCUUUUUCUGUAUCACAUUGUGCCAAAUUUUAUGUAAACUUUGUUGGUUUUUUUACAUUUUCAAAAAUGUUUUUUCUAAUUUUUGACAUUUAAUUAAAGGAGCUACUGGAGCUA